AUGGUCCUAUCAGUGUGCCGAAGAUGUGCUACCACCAUAGUGAACAACGCGCUCGGUAUCCAACGAGAUACAAGUGAUGUUUUAUGUGAUGCAGACUCCGUAGCACCAAGCUUCGGCGCUGGUGCACCCGAUACCCAGCGAGCGAACCUAGACGCAGAAAUUGACGUGGUGGAUCAGCUCAUUUUCAAGCUUCGCGUGGAGCGAGCACGACUAUGCAAAAAACGAAACACGCUGUCACCCAUAUCCCUCUCCCUACCACCCGAGAUCCUAUCCGAGAUAUUUCUCUAUGCAGGUCUUCCGGACCUUUCCAGCAAAUCGGACAACUCCACCGUAGUGCCUCUGCUACUUGGCAAAGUGUGCACUGCAUGGCGGCAGAUUGCGUGGUCCAUGUCCGAACUUUGGUCGAGCAUCGAUAUUCGGGUGUCGAGGAAGCGGUCAGAUACACAGGCUGCGCUACUACGCGAAUGGCUAGAGCGUUCCGGCCAGCGUCCCCUAUCCAUUUCCCUAACCUCCGAAAACGGCGAACAUACUUGGAGGGAUGCGCUGACGCCCAUUGCAGUCAUUUCCGAGUUGGCCUCCGUAUGUUACAAGUGGCAGAAGAUAGACCUAUUCCUGCCAGAGGCGUGGUACGAGUGCCUCAGCAAGAUUGGAAAUCACCUCCCGCUCCUCACAUCCGUGAUGGUGCACCCUUCAGCAAAUGAAUUCAUUCCUCGGUCUAUGCAUGCGUUCAGCGAAGCACCUUUGCUUCACGAAGUCUCCUUUUCCCAUUACUACCUCCACGAUGUCAGUCUACCAUGGGGACAGCUAACGAAGCUCAAAGCAAAAUGUAUAUCCACAGACGAAUGUCUGGAGGCCAUCCAGCGGAGCACACAAUUGGUCGAGUGCCAUUUCGAGGAUGUAUACCCUCCAGAAGAUCAGUUUCCACUUCCUCCCAGUCCCGUCGUAAAUCAGCACCUGAAAAUUCUGCGGGUGGUCCUGAGCACGGGAACGGUGAUCGCGCCUCUCCUCGACCGUCUCACUUUGCCUUCACUCCACAGUCUCGAAAUUUCUUCAGCGGAACAAUCCAUAUGCGAGACGCUCAUCACUUUGGUCGAGCGGUCGUCCUGUCCCCUUACACGGGUUAAACUCUUAGGUGCCACCGUUCUAGAGGAGGACAUGAUUUCCUUACUCAAAGCUGUGCCCACUCUUAGUGAAAUGACUUCGCAUUGA